AUGAAGUUUGCCAAAGUAUUACAAUCUGAUUCUAAAUUAUUGGGUCGUAUAAAAAGAACGAGUUCGAAAGGACGCCUAGGUAUUAUUGAGGGUUCUUUAGCACAAUCUUCAUCAUCAAGUCUGAAAAAAAAAACGAGUCUUAUCAUCGACAAUGGAAAAUCACCUUUGGAACAACCUCCAAUGCAAUCAAUACAACCACAAUCUUCUUCAUUAUCAAGCCCGAAAAAAAAAUUAAAACUUAUCACAAAUGAUUUUCCAUCACCAAUAAUGCAAUCACCAAUACAGACUUAUCCAGCAUCAACUUCGAAAAGAAAAUUAAAUUUUAUCACCGAGAAGGAGGUAUGCUUCGAAUCUCCGACAGAAACCCUACGAAAGCUACAACAAUUUCCACUACGACAAGAUAAAUCGAUGCAACAAAACUUGAGAUCAAGACCGUCAUAUAAUUAUGGACUCAUUAGAAAAUUUUCUGACAUGAUUGCACCUACAAAACGCACUAGCAAUGAUUUUUUAACAAAAGAAGAACAAGAUUUUUUCUUGGCUCUUGAAGAAGAAUUAUUAAAAAUUUGUGAGUUCUAUGAAAUAAAGGAAAAAGAAACACUUAAUCGUUGGGAAACUUUGAAAGAAUGUUACCAAGAUAUUCAAGAACAAGUGGCAUCUAAACAAAGAAAACAAGAAGCAAAAUGUAAAAGAGCAGUAAAAAAAGCCAUACUAGAAUUUUAUAGAGGUGUCGAAUUAUUAAGAAAUUAUCAGGUUUUGAAUAAGACUGGAUUUGCUAAAAUAUUAAAAAAAUAUGAUAAGAUCUCAUCGCUAAAUGGAACUGAAGUAUACAUGCCAAGAGUUAUUUCGUGUAAUUUUAGCAAGUCUAAUGUUGUGAAUGAUUUAAUUAAAGAAGCCGAGAAUUUUUAUAUAGAUAAAUUUGAGGGAGGACUUAGAAGACAAGCAAUGAAAAAAUUAAGAUUGCCAAAUAAGCAAACUACUUAUCAUUCGGUGUCAUCGCGUGUUGGUAUGAAUAUUGGAUUGUCAAUACCGAUAUUGUUUAAAAGUUUAGUUUUAGCAAAAUCUAAUAGUAAUGAAUAUGAUGAUGAUACAUUGAAUCAAAAAUAA